UGUUCGAUUUUAACAAUUAAUUCGGUUAGAAUAAAAUUAGCUGUCAGUAAUAUUUUCACGUUGGCCGAAGGUAGAUCUUGCCUCCCAAAAAAUCUAAGUAAAUAAAUAAACAAAAGCCCGACAAUGUCUUGUUGUUUAGAAUUUCUCACAACUCUGGGGGCAAUUGUUUUGCUUUAUUUCCUCUAUGAAUGUUUAAAAUCACCGGUUAAGCUGCUUUACUAUCAAUGGCUUGAAAGGGAAAAGAAAUUACCACCUCUGACAGAUAAAUAUGGCAAAUGGGCUGCCAUAACAGGUUCUACAGAUGGCAUUGGCAAGGCCUACAGCCGAGAAUUGGCACGCAAAGGAUUUAACAUUGUUCUAAUUGCAAGAAAUGAAGAAAAGUUGAGACAAACGGCCAAAGAAAUUGAACAGGAUUUCGGAGUAGAAGUUUCCACUAUCAAGGCUGAUUUUUCUCAUGGAGCAGUAAUAUAUGAUAAACUAUUUCAGGACCUGGAAAAGAGGCCAAUACGGUUAUUUGUUAACAACGUCGGAAUUGGUCACAAUCCACCCGGUAUUAUUCCCACCUACGAUGCCCAGCAUCUGUGGGAUAUGAUCCAUGUGAAUAUUGCUGCUGUCACUCAGCUAUCUCGACACUUUGUCAACUUAUGGUUACGGCAGGGUGUAACAGGAUGCCUUGUGAAUGUAUCCUCAAUACUGGAAAUGCAACCCUGUCCUUAUGGUUCAGUUUAUGGUGCUACAAAAGCCUACAUCACAAGUUUUACAAAGGCCCUCCAACUCGAAGUUGAAUCGUUUGGCAUCAACAUCCAGUUGUUAUCGCCGGCUGGGGUUAGAACCAAAAUCAAUAAAUAUUCUUCGUGGAUAUUGAAGGGGAAUCUAAUAGUUCCCACGGCCGAAGAUUAUGCCAAAUGGGCUGUUAAUACGCUUGGUAAAACCAGGGCCAGUACUGGUUACUUUUGGCAUGGUAUUCAGACAAUGGUUUUGAAAUUGAUGCCUACCCGAUGGAGAAGCGAAUUGAUAAUAAAGUUGGCUAAAAUAACUGUUGAUGAUACAACAAAUAUUAAUGAACAUGAUAUAAGAAGAAAAUAUGGAUUAUCACAGAAACUGUGAUCGUUUUCAUCUCAAGUAAGAUAAUUGGUUUUAGCUUCUUAUCGGUUCAUGGUGGGUAAACCUUAAUACGGACAUAGUAAUGGUUAUGUAUGUAUAAAUACGUUUUAACGAUAAUAUUUAAGUAGAACCAAUAAAACUUGUAUUGUUUUGAAAUAAUAACUCUUGUUGAUUCCCACUGGGAAAUGACGAUCAAAUUCUAAACCAAGAGGAAGGAACGUUCUCAUAUAAAUUAGGGUAUAAAAAGUAAAAGCACCAUUAUUAUAUGGCGAUACAAGAUACAAUGUCUGCACCCUGUUAAUGUUAUUA